AUGCAUGUUGCUACUUGAGGGUUUUUACCUUUAGAAUUAGGGCUUGACGAGUCAUUUUCCAAAGAAAAGCAAAGAUCUAGUGAAAAAUCAUUUUUUAUGUCAGAAGUUUCAGCACGUGCAGCAGCUAAUCAGAGGCUAAAAAUUUGAAUAAUCAUACUUAUUAUAUUAAUGUAUUUUCUCAAGUAUUUAAUCAAAACUGAUCCGUUUUCAACCUUCCUAAUCCAUUUUGAAAAAAAAUUGUUAAGUAUAUAA